AACGGCUACAGAGAAAGUGCAAUGUAUGUAAAGGAUAAAGUACAAGAUCGUAACAAGGUAGAUUGUGAUGCCAAGAGUUUAUCAUAUCAGACAAGAAGUCCGUGAAAGCGUCUGUUAACAGUGGAGUAGAAGCUGUCCUUGAACCUAAUGAGUUGGUUGGCCCUCGCACAGCCCUUCAUCGUACUCCGAGCAGUUUAGGAAGAAGUGAGGAGACACAGAGAGGAAGGACAUUUAAAAUGCGUGAAUGUAUCUCCAUCCAUAUUGGCCAGGCCGGUGUCCAGAUGGGCAACGCCUGCUGGGAGCUGUACUGCCUGGAGCACGGCAUCCAGCCUGACGGCCAUAGACCAGACGGCAGAAGCAACGCAGAGGCUGAUGACUCAUUCGACACCUUCUUCUGCGAGAUGGGGUCCGGGAAACAUGUGCCCAGAGCUAUCUUUCUGGAUCUGGAGCCAACUGUGAUCGAUGAGGUUCGCACUGGUACCUACCGCCAGCUGUUCCACCCCGAGCAGCUCAUCACUGGCAAGGAAGAUGCUGCUAACAAUUACGCCCGUGGGCACUACACCAUUGGCAAGGAGCUGAUUGAUCCCGUCUUGGAGAGACUUCGGAAACUGGCUGACCAGUGCACUGGUCUUCAAGGUUUCUUUGUCUUCCACAGCUUUGGUGGUGGCACUGGUUCUGGUUUCACCUCUCUGCUGAUGGAACGUCUCUCCGUCGACUAUGGCAAGAAGUCCAAGCUGGAGUUUUGCAUCUACCCAGCUCCUCAGAUCUCCACGGCUGUGGUAGAGCCCUACAACGCUAUCCUGACCACUCACACCACGCUGGAGCACACCGACUGUUCUUUCAUGGUGGACAACGAGGCCAUUUACAACAUCUGCCGCAGAAACCUGGAUAUCGAGCGUCCUGGUUAUGUGAACCUCAACAGGCUGAUUGGUCAGAUUGUGUCAUCGAUAACAGCUUCCCUUCGUUUUGAUGGAGCUCUGAAUGUUGAUCUGACAGAGUUCCAGACCAAUCUGGUGCCUUAUCCCCGAAUCCACUUCCCUUUGGUGACGUACGCUCCAGUGAUCUCAGCUGAGAAAGCUUACCAUGAGCAGCUAAGUGUGGCGGAGAUCACCAGUUCCUGCUUCGAGCCAGGCAACCAGAUGGUGAAGUGUGACCCUCGCCAUGGCAAAUACAUGGCUUGUUGUCUGCUUUACCGGGGUGACGUGGUGCCAAAAGAUGUUAAUGCUGCCAUUGCAGCCAUCAAGACCAGGCGUAGCAUCCAGUUUGUUGACUGGUGCCCCACUGGCUUCAAGGUUGGCAUCAACUACCAGCCUCCCACUGUGGUGCCCGGUGGCGACCUGGCCAAGGUGCAGCGUGCAGUCUGUAUGCUGAGCAACACCACCGCCAUUGCUGAAGCCUGGGCUCGCCUUGACCACAAGUUUGACCUGAUGUAUGCCAAGCGCGCUUUUGUGCAUUGGUAUGUGGGGGAGGGGAUGGAGGAGGGGGAGUUCUCCGAGGCCCGGGAAGACAUGGCAGCCUUGGAGAAGGAUUAUGAAGAGGUCUGUGCUGACUCUACAGCAGAUGAUAAUGACGGAGACGAAUACUGAAUUCCAUCCAAACGUGUGCCGAUCUUUUCUCUUAUGCUCUACAUAAAUUAAAUUUCAAAGAAGCCGAAUCACUGUUGAGAACUUAAUGUGUUUUCCACUUGAAUUAAUCAUUCUCCAAGAAGUUGAAAAUGUUGAACACAUUAGGCUGAUAUGUUUGGCAAAUUUAAUUGGAAACACAUCUGUUUUUAUCUAAUGAAAGUAAUGGCUGCAUUGACAAUAUCUUUGAUGUUUCUCAUUGAAAUCAAGUAUACUGUUACACAGGACAUGGUGCCUUGUGAUAUGCUAAAUGUUCCAUUUUGUAGCCACAGCCUGUAAUUAUAAAGUAAUUUUAUCCCUGAGACCAUGACUGCACUUCCACCAUGGGAAUAUGAAUUCACUUUAUGAGAAAUUCCAGAAAUAAGAAUCUGGUAUUGGUAAAAAUGCUUGGAUUGCAAUAAUAAAGUCUAGCAUCUCCAUG